AUGACCUGCCAUCCAUCAGAAUCAGGCCUCUCCGCCACCAUCACAAGAAUUGCCGUGGCACAGAUUUCCCAAUCAGUGGGCUACAGUGCAGCCCAAACCUCCGCUUUAGACACCCUUGCCAACGUCGCCGCCAGGUACCUAGGAGCCGUAGCCCAUUCCGCCGCCGCCUCCGCCAAUUCCUCCGGCCGCACCCAAUCUAACAUAUUUGACAUCGUCAUUGCCCUUGAGGAACUGGGGUCCGUACAAGGAUUCCUGGGUGCACCUAAUAGUUCAUCACAGUGUUUGAUUUCAUCUUCGAUUUUGAAAGAAAUUAGGAGGUUUUUAUUUUACAGCGAUGAAAUUCCUUUUGCUCAGCCUAUUCCCAGGCAAAAUCAGCCGGUGGAAUCGAGGAAAAGUGGGAAUGAGAUGGGUUUGAAGCACGUGCCCGGAUGGCUACCGGAUAUGCCUGUAAUGGACGGAAUGGGAAUCGAAAAGGAGGGGAAUGAAGAGCGGAAUAUUGGAGGGGGUUUUGUUGGGGAAGAAAGGAAUCAAAGUAGGACGGCAAAAAUGGGGAAUGGGAGGGGAAAGGGAUAUCAAUUGCCUGAAAAGAGAGGAAAAGUGAGGUUUAGAAUGGGAAUGGGAGGUGGGAAUUGGGGGUUUGGUAUGGAGAGGAGGAAUGGGGUAUUAAACAGAGGUGGAAUUGGAAAGAGAAUUCUGUGUGAGAGUUGGAGUGAUGGUGAUGGGAAUGAGGAGGAAGGGAAUAAGAAGAGAGUGAUCAAGAGAUCAAGAUGA